ACGAGGUAAACAUAUAUGGCGUUUUUAUCUAAAACGCCAGUGUCAAGCUUUGUUUUCUCCGGACAACAUUGUUGGGCGGACAUCUCUCACGUUGAGGGUCAAAUGUUUUGAGGAUGUGCUGGUAAUCCCAUUAUAAUGUCAAGUUUCUCCAGAUCUGCCCAGCAAUGGGCGACCUUCGCUCGCUCCUGGUUCCUAAUCGAUGCCAGGAUGCAGCCUCCGGGAAAAAUCGCCACCAUGUGUUCAGUAAGGUUACAGGGGAAACACAAGCCUAUCUACCAUGCAAUAAGUGACUGUGGUGACCAUGUGGUGGUGAUAAACACUAAAGAGAUCGCUUUCUCAGGAAACAAAUGGGAGCAGAAAGUGUAUUCAUCACACACGGGGUACCCAGGUGGAUUCAAACAACUCACAGCUGCCCAGCUCCACCACAAAGACCCAAAAGCUAUUGUGAAGUUGUCAGUGUAUGGCAUGCUGCCUAAGAAUCUGCACAGACGUACCAUGAUGCAGCGGCUACACAUCUUUCCUGAUGAUGAGCUUCCAGACGACAUCCGAGCCAACUUGACAGAGGAGCUGGCUCAGCCCAGAGCAAUCCCCAGAAAACUCAGCGAAUACACCCAGGAGGAGAUCGACGCGUUCCCCAGGCUGUGGACACCACCGGAGGACUACAAGAUGAAAUGAAAUCUCGGCUGCCCGACGUGACCGGAGCGAAGUUAUUUCUUUUAUAUUUUUAUUUUAGCGUUAUGCCACUGAAAGAACACCAUUAAUUUUUUUGCUGCACUUAAUAGGGAUAUGACAGACAAGUUUUAGACAUCAGCUGCCGGACAGAUUUCAUGGGUUUUGAAAACAGAAACAGAUUUUCUCUAGUCAGACAAAAUAUUAGAAAAACAGUGUAAAUCCAGGCAGCACUGACUUUUUCUGCUCCAGAACUGGUAGCGAAGCCCAACUGGGCUCCACUAAAGCAGAGCUAAGUCACAAAGUAGAUGCCAGCAACACCAACAGAAAGUCUGUGCCACCCUGAGCGGGCUACACAGAAUAAAACCCUUCAGUUGCGCUGCCUUUCACCAGAGCGGACCUGGAUAAUCCAAGAACAGCACGGGUUUGCACCAUGUAGCUAGGUUCUGAUCAGAGAACAUUCUGCGGGUUUUCAGUUGAUUAUACAAGCAUGAAAUGAUCCGAUCUGGCCCGUGCAGCCGACAUCUGUUAGAGCUGACAGUGCGUUUAAAGGAUUGUGGGUUCACUGCGAACCAGUUAAUGCGUCACCAUGACAACAUUCAAGCCAUUAGUGACUUAGAUUCCUAAUGUGUGUGUUAAAUAUGUCCACAUAGUUAAUAAUGGAUUAAACUUGGAGUGAAAUUAUUAAAUUACUUUUUGUCAUGUA